AUGGAGGUCAAGAAGCGCACGCGCGUCAAAAAGGGUCGGCCGCGUCCGGCGUCGCCGCCUGCAACAUCGACUCCUGCACCAAUGUCGCUCGCACUCGAGUUCCAUGCCUUGCCAAUACCGACCAUGAACCAAGGCGCCGCACACAAGGGCGAAAGCGCUCUCGACACUGCUGCUGAACCACUCGCCACGGAAGAGGACCAAACCGCAGGACCAGGCGACAAGGCACCAGAGAAGCUGUUCGAAUUUCUCGAGUUGCCUCCUGAACUUCGCAACGCAAUCUACGCACUCGUAGUCGAAGACCAUCCGAUCGUCAUUGCACAAAACCACCGGCGCCGCGUGAAGAUUACGUGUGGGCUGAUUCGCGUCAACAAGAUGAUCCACGACGAGAUUCGCAGCUACGCCACACUCGAGGCCCCUGUCAUCAGAGCCCAGGUGAUUGACUUCUGCUUUGGUCAUGUCAUCACUUACCUCAACCGACUUGGCGAGACUCAACUCAAGCAGCUGGAGCACGGAACCGACGUCCAGAGAUCUACUACUCAGACCAUCAAGAUCAAGCUCGUCUUCACGACAAGUGGUCCAAAUUGCCAAGAAUUGGAUCGCUGGCUGAACAGGUUCGAUGUCUCUGCGAAGAGAGCCGCCAAUGUUCGAUUCGAGUACGAAGCAACCGAGUUCAAAGGAGAUUUUUUGGAGAUCAACGCCUCCCGGACCGAUGUCGACUUCUGUCUGGAUUGGAGAUUCAUGUACUCGCCGACGAGAUCUCGCGAAAAGGCCAUGAAGAUCGAGUCCGCAUUUAACAGGCUUGGGGAGACGAUGCAUACCUAGGUCCGUCGUUCA